AUGCAUGGCACCGCACAACGCGGCUCCCCACCCCUAGACCUUCUUCUUUCACGGACGGCUGUGCCCCUUUCAUCCCGUCACCUCAACUCUUUGCUCUCACCUCACCUAUUCCUCCCCCCCAACAGCACGGCCCUCUGCUGCUCUGGCGGGGCGCCCUGCACCACCUUCCUCGCACACCACGGCAUCCACGUGGACCAAUCAGAGCUCGCCACGUGUCCCCUGCGCCUGUCUGCCCCUCGGGCGACCGCGUGUCCAUUGUUCUCCCAACAACCAGGUGCCCCCUCCUCCCUCUCCCUUUACACUCCCAAUCGCUCGCCCCAGUCUCUCUCGCUCUUCUCUUCGUCGCCUCCACUCUAUUCCUCCUCAUCUCCUGACGAGCAUCGCUUCCAAGUCAAGCUAGCAGUCGCACGCUUACCUGCCUGCCAGGUGUCUCACUGCCAUUCGUGCAAGCCCCUUCCCCCGCCGCCUCUCCCACGACCUGCGCUGCACCCUGCUCGCCGCGCGCCUGUGGCGGCUGCAGCACAAGGGGAGGAGAAGGCAGACGGGAGUGUGGAGAGAAGUGGUGGGCUGGUGGCGGCAGCGGGUGGAGCUUGUGAAGCUGUUGUGCGCUGGUGGGCGCAGCUGGGGCGCUGCUAA